AUGGUUUUGAUCAUGUUUUGGUGGGAUCGUGCAGGGACGUACACCUGGAGCAAGCCUGUGAUGAAAAGAACGCACCCUUCUCCUCGGGACAGCCACAGCUCCACGGCCGUCGGGUCUAAGCUCUAUGUGUUUGGUGGUACUGAUGGAACCAGCCCGCUAGACGAUCUCUUUGUUUUGGAUACUGGUAAGCGAGUUCUAUCGAUUUUUUUUUUCUUGUUCUUAUCUUCCGAUGCAGCUACCAACACCUGGGGGAAACCUGACGUUUUUGGUGAUGUUCCUGCUCCGAGAGAAGGACAUAGCGCAUCUCUCAUCGGUGACAACCUGUUCGUGUAUGGGGGAUGUGGGAAAUCCAGCGAUCCCUCAGAGGAGGAGUACUACAACGACCUCCAUGAAACAAUGGCAUGGCAGGAGGUAAAGACGACUGGUGCCGAGCUGAUGCCAAGAGCUGGUGAACGCAGAGCGAGGCAUAUUAUUCUUCUAUGGGGGAUGUAA